CUACUGCUCCCACUUUUCCCCUUCCUCUCCUCCGCUCUGCCGCAUCCAAUUGAUGCUGUCUGCGCAAUUACGCACAUGCGCAAUGGGAUGUUUUAGCCAUUUGCAGGAAACCAACUAGCAGGAAUAAUAAAUAGCUAAGUGUUUUUCUCUCCUAUAUGAUCAGACCUAACUGUACCUUUCCCCUUCCGUCCCAAUGUUUACAGUAGAUAUAUCUUUAAGAAGAAGAUUUUAGGAACAUAGACUGUUAUGCUGCUCUCUCUGGUUCAAAGGUAAUAUGUGGAUGUUCAUUAGACCCUCUAUGUGACUGGAUUACUACAGCUCCAAGGAGUCCGCAGACGACAGACACCGCCGUACAGAUGUGGGGAACAGUCUUUGGAUAUGCAUCAACUAUCAGCAGAGGAGCCAGUCGCCCCGGAUUCAACCCUGAACCCCUCCCCCUCUCAUCCUCCUCCCUCCUCCUCACCAUCCCCUUCUCCCCCUCCUCCACUGUCUCUCUCCCCCUCUUCUCCUCUUUCCUGUGGUGUGUUCCAGUGCCUGGUGUGUUCCAGUUUCUCCUCUGACAGUCUGGAGUCUCUUAUGUCUCACCUGAGUGCCCCCUGCUCCCUGCCCCAGUCUGAGUGGCGCUCUCUGGUGGCUGGAGGCUGCUACUGCAGGCUGUGUGGCUACAGCACCCCCCUCAGGGCUAACUUCACCCUGCACUGCCAGACAGACAGACACAGGGCCCAGUACCAGCUGGCUUCCCACCUCUGGGAGAAGGGGAAGGCCGGGGACAGGGAGGAAUUUGGGAAGUUGGUUGCUACAGGCAACCCAGUCCAGCUGAAGUGUAACUCGUGUGACUUCCAGACCACCAGCUUGGAUAAACUGAAAAUACACAGCAUCAACCCCCAACACCAGGCCAGCCUCAGAGUCUACAGGUUUUUACAGCAGUACGACAGUGCAGUAGAUGGAGGGUCCUGGUUGUUCCACUGUGUCCUGUGUAACUACUCCUCCUGUUCUAAACUCCACCUAUUGAGACAUACCCACUCCCCUGGUCAUCAGAAGAGGGAGCUUCACUACUUGCAGUUAGUGAGAGGGAGGAGCCUGGAGGAAGGGGAGGGUCUAGCGGCUACUUUCACCAUUAGGAAGUGUCCCAGUCCUGAGACAGGUGGAAGCAUUGAGGAGGAGGGGGAGAGGAGAGAUUCCCUUUCUCCAGCCAAGCGAUCGUUCUCUGGGCUGGAGGAGACACAGAGCCCACUCUCUCCCAAACGCCCCAGAACAGACCAGCGCUCUACUCACCAACAGGCUACUGGCAAGUGCCCACUGUGCCAGGACACACUGGUAUACACACACCUGAGACGCCACCUCAUACUCACACACAGUGUGGUCCAGGACUGUGUGGACAAGCUCAUGAGUGUGGUGGCAAUGAGGCUGCCAGAGAUUCUGCAGAAAGAGACACUGCAGAUGGAGUCCCACUCAAAUAUAAAGGAAUCUCAAACAAACGAUUGCAACACAGACAGCUCUUACACAAAGGAAUCCCUCACAAAUGAGUCUCAAACAAACGACUACCAUACAAAAAAGAAAAUAAUCCCAGCCAAAGAUGUCCCUGCUCUUCUGACCCCUCCCUGUGGGGACCAGCACCCAGCAGAGGACAACACCUCUCACCUCCUUGAGUCCCCCAGCUCUCCCCCUUCCCCACCCACUCUUUCCUCUCUCUCCCCCAGCAACCUCCCUUCAUCCACCUUACCCCUGUCUCCUCCCAGUGAUGCCCCUCCCCCCUCUGAUUGUCAUGGUUACAGGUUUCGCUGCGGCAGGUGCAGUCUAGCGGUCCGAAGGCAGAACCACGCCAUGAGGGCGGCGACAGAGUGCCACCUCUGCCCCAGACGGUGCCGCAGCCAAGAGGCCCUGCAGAGACACCUGCUCAACACACACCUACAGGGUACACACCCUGACCAGAGUGGAGCACACAUCCAACAACCAAUCAGCCUGGAGGGGGAGGAAGAGGAGGGGGAAAGUAUGAGUGAAGAAGAGACAGAUAAGAAAGAGGAAGAUGAUGAGGAGGGGGAGGGAGAGCAGGGAAAGGGAGAUGAAGGAGAGGAUGAAAAGGGUGACCCAGAUGAGUUGGAGCAGAGGCCCAGUUCAGGGGUUGGUGACAGUGACCAGGGUUCAAGGCAACAGGAGGAGAAGGAGGCAGGGUCAGAACCCAACCCCUUCAGCAAGGGCUCCAACCCCAUUCUGGAGCGGUUUUUGGACCCGGCUCAGCGCUACAAGUGUUCCUUCUGCUGUGAGUCCUUCACUCAGAGAUCCAUCCUGCCAGUCCUCUAUAACUCUCUGUCCCACCGAGCCAGAGCCAGAUGGGUCCUGCAGGACUCCAGCCCCAGUUCCCCUGACACCCACUGCAGCCCGGACCCAAGUUCCUACCGCUGCAGAAUGUGUCGGGUGGCUUACAGCCAGAGUUCCGCCCUGGACAUUCACCUCCGCUCUGUACUGCACCAGACACGAGCCCGUGGAGCUCAGACCCAGCUAUCACUGAAACCCCACACCCUCCAAACCCUAGUUCCAGCCUUGGUUCAGACCACUGCCUCCAGCCGUUCACCAGGGGGAGGAGAGGUAUCUACCAGGGGAACCCCCCCAACAGCCACCAGAUCAGCCCCAUCCUCCCCAAGUCCCUGUUCCUCCCUCAGUGAAGCCCAGCUGAGUGUGGGUGUCUCUGGGAAGGCUGAGGGCCACCAGGCUAAGAGGCGGAGAGUAGAGGACCUGACAGCAUCUGGAGGACAGCAGGACCUAACGUUACUCCAACAGCAGUUAGCCCAGGCCCAGAUGCUACAACAGCAACAUAAGUUAGCCCAGGCCCAUAUACAGGAACACACAGUCCUCCUCCAGCCCCAGCUCUUUAGUCCAACACUGCUCCCGCACCUCCCCUUACUGCAGCAGAACCUCUUAAAGCAGUUCCUCCCUUCAGCAGCAGAGAGUCUCCAACAGAGGAACCUCCUCUCUCCACUCCAGUUCUCCCCAGACAGCCUGUUUUCUCUACAGCAGCAGAUGCUCCAGUCCUUCUACCUCUCUGGAGAUUUGCAGCUCAACCCUAACAUGAACAUUAGUCAGAUCACCUCAGCCCUCUCCCUCCAGACCAUCGCUGCCCUCUCCUCUCAGACAAAUGGGCUUAAAUAUCCCUCUCCAAAGCUGGUGACAACUAGCAUCCAGUCUCCAGCCCAGCCCCCGAAAUGUGAGACCCAGGCUGAGACAGCUGACAGUGACUCCCCCCUUCACCAGAUGGAGAAAGAGUCAAAUCCAUCCUCAUCUCCUGAGGGAGGUGGAGAGAUGCAGGAGAGCGAGAAGAGGGAUGGAGCAGAGAAGACCCUCAGAGUUCUGCUGGAGAGAUAUGGCUGGGAGCUGGCCCUGCAAUCCAAUCAGAGCAGACAGAGACAGCAGAACAGAGAGAUGGAGGGAUGCCUGGAGGAGGAGAAGCAGUGUGGAGAAUGUGGGAAGCGGUUCUCUGACUCUCUGAUCCUGAAGAGCCAUCAGGAGUUUGUUCACCAGCAAAUGAUCACUCCAGUAGUGUUGGAGACGUUCUCCAGACAGUAUGACUGCCUCUACCCCCUCACACCCUUCCCACUGGGGGACAAUGAUAAUACUGUUGUUGCACAUCUAACACCAGCCACAGCACUUGUACUUGCACCCUUAACCCCAGCACCAGUCUCAGAUUCAAUCUUUGACCAAGCCCAAUCCCUCUCCCAAGCCUCCAUAGGUCCAGAUCAAGCUGUACCCACCACACCAGUAUCUGUACCUGUAACCUUGUCCACAGACCAAGCCCCAGUUAAUUCCUUCUGCCCAGCCCAAGCCUCACCAACACCCUCUCCUCCUCCACCCUCUUUCCAAACACAACCACUUCCAGAGCAGCAGCAGGACACUACGACAUCGACAACCACCCCUGCCCCCUCUCCAACUAUCAUACCCCAGUCUAAUCUCUCCAUGCAUUUCCCCUUAUCCCAACUCCCCAUGCCCCCUCUUCCUUUACCAAGCCUCCCCACUCUUCCCUUCCCCAUAGACCUCUCUCUCCUCCCCCUUGGUCUAAUGCAGCCCAUAGUACUCCAGUCUAUGCUUCAGUACCAGUCCCUGUUAUCAUCUGGCCACCAACCACCCCUAUCCCUAUUCACCAAUGCUCACUCCACCCACAAACCAUCUCUACCCUCAUACACUAACACACACUGUGCUCCAAGCCCAUCUCUAACCUCAUACACUAACACACACUGUGCUCCUAGCCCAUCUCUAACCUCAUACACUAACACACACUGUGCUCCUAGCACAUCUCUAACCUCAUACACGAACACACACUAUGCUCCAAGCCCAUCUCUAACCUCAUACACGAACACACACUGUGCUCCUAGCACAUCUUUAACCUCAUACACAAACACACACUGUGCUCCUAGCCCAUCCCUGCCCUUUCUGAAGCGUAGGCUGGAGGAAGGGACAGCGGUAACGCCUAUGAGGGAUGUGAUGGACGGUGAGAGAGAGGAAGAGGGAGUUAGAGAGGGUGAUGAGCAGAGGAGGGAUAGGCGCCAGAGGACCACCAUCAGUUCGGAGCAGCUAGAGGUUCUGUACCAGCGCUACAGUCUGAACUCCAACCCAACCCGCUCUGUACUGGAGGGCAUCACCAGGGACACAGGCCUCAAGAAACGUGUAGUGCAGGUAUGGUUCCAGAACACCAGGGCUCGUCAGAGGAAGGGCCAGCUCCAGACCCUGGGGAGAGGAGGAGGUCUGUGUCUGGGUGAGAACCACAGGCGCUGUCCGUUCUGCAGGGCUCUCUUCAAGGCUCAGAACGCCCUGGACGCCCAUGUCAGGGCCCACCACUGUUCACAGACUGACAGAGCUGCCUAUGGCUCAUUUAAUCAGAUGGGUCCUGCAGAUGACUCCAGCUUCUCUCACAACCAUUGAUCCUACAGAGACAGGGAGGGUCACUCUCUCUCCAUCCAGCCUUUUCCCUCUCUCUCCCAGCAUCCUCCUCUCUCUCCCCAAGCCCGUUUCAUCCCUCCCCAAGACCAUGGGGCGUCCCCACUGAGAGAAAAUACAUUUCUGGGAAAACCAAUUUGUCCUUUGACCUGAACAAACCCCAAAUUGAAGAGGAGGAGAAAGAAAAGAAAGAGCAUCUGUCAGUAAAAAUCCCUUUGUCUGACCAGACUCAUGAGGGUAACUGUAGCAAUCUGUUGUCUCUGGGAUACAAUUAUGGAAUGGCGAGCUUCAACGUUCAAGACUGUGACCAGAACACCAGUCCAAAUCUGUCUGAGUGUGGAUAGGCAUGUACCGAGACAGCAGCAGAGGCCGCGUACCCAGAUGACCCACCAGCAGGUUGACCAACUCCGUCUGCUACAGGGAGCAACCCAGCACCCUGCGGUGUGAGGGCCUGCCAUGCCGGGUAGUGCAGGUGUGGUUUCAGAAUAACCGGGCCAAAGAGAAGAGGGCCAGGGGCCUUAGAGUUGACCCAACCACAGGAUAGAGAGAGACUGCAGAGGACAGGGGAGAGAACACAGAGCCAUGAACCAAGUGCACGUCAGUCACAACAAUGAACCAACCACAGACACAGCCAUGAACCAACCUCACAAAGAGCGAUGAACCAACCACACACACAGCCAUGAACUAACCACAUGCCCAAGAAGCCAAAGAGCAUUCUACCAGUGUACCUCAUCCCCUCCUCAGCCCCAAAACAUCACAGGGCAUACCUCCUAGAGCUUUAAGACACAACUCCUCUGUUCCUCCCUCUCUCCUCUCCUGUCCUUUCUUCCAACCGAUACCUCAGGAGUUAACCCCUCCAUGCCAACAGAUGUCCCUGUCGAGACCAUAUCAUCUGGAGAAUCAGGAAAUGGUAUGUAAUCUUCCCACUUCUGUUUAAAGACUUUACUAGUGUUGUAGUUCUGUUGCAAGUACGAACAGAUUCUCUCAAGAUAGUCUAAGACGUUUGGUGUAUAGAAUGUUCUUUCAAAGUAAAAGAACUGAAAGAAACAAAAGCCUCUACGGAAAACAAAAAUAAAGAAUAUUCUUCACAAAGAGACGGGCUUGGAUUCCAAAGCUUUUAACCAAAACCUUACAUGUCCUUGGAUUGUGUUGUCAACAUGGUGGUUUUCAUUUCCUGAACUGCAGUACAGACCAUACAGUGAAGGGUAGAUCUGAGACCGGUGUAGUACCAGGUGUGCGGCAAAAGACUGACUGGCCUAUGUGGUGCCGAAGAAGACCUCAACAUUCUCAAACCAAUGGUGACUCUGUUGCACAUGUAAAUGUUCCUUAUGUGGAUAAUAGGCCAAAUAGCACUGAGAUAAGUCCACUUUGUCCUUCAAGAGAGACGUCAUAUAAGAAGCUAUUUUGAUCAUGUCCAACCAAUAUAUGUCACAACCACUCCAACCAAACACUACACUACAUUGUUUAGUAAAUGUUAAUGAAUAUGAAUAUUCUGGAUUGACGGUUGUUGUUAUGCUUUGAUAAGACAAGUGUUGUUUUGUGGUUUAUGAGAACAUAAUGUAUGAUGCGUUAUGAUCUAGAGUUUAGGUAAGAUGUUACCACGCACUCUAACCAUCUCUCUCUCUGUGUAUGACGUCUUCUUACUCUCUCUGCAUUAAUAUUACUGUAGUAAUUAUGAUAAUAACAACAGUAAUAACUAUGCUAAUAUAUAAUGCUUUAAAACACAACCCAAAGACAUAAUAGCACUGUAAUCAUUGGUGCAUAAAGCCCACAAAAACAACUUGAUAAUGUAUCAUUGAAUGAUGGAAAGAAGAGACUGUAUAAGAACUGCUGUAUAAGAACUGCUGUAUCUGCCUCUUCACCAGGCCACUGGUGACUGUAUACUGAAAUCUCCAUGCAACCUAUUGCUGUACUAGGAUGGAGUAGCACUUCUCAAAGCCAAACUCCCCAGCCCCUAGUGCACUGGGUAGAAGAGUACUCAGUAGGGAACCAACCCCCAGCCCCUAGUGCACUGGGUAGAAGAGUACUCAGUAGGGAACCAACCCCCAGCCCCUAGUGUACUUAGUAGAAGAGUACUCAGUAGGGAACCAAACCCCAGCCCCUAGUGUACUUAGUAGAAGAGUACUCAGUAGGGAACCAAACCCAGCCCCUAGUGUACUUAGUAGAAGAGUACUCAGUAGGGAACCAAACCCCAGCCCCUAGUGUACUUAGUAGAAGAGUACUCAGUAGGGAACCAAACCCCAGCCCCUAGUGUACUUAGUAAAAGUACUCUACUCAGUAGGGAACCAAACCCCAUCCCCUAGUGUACUUAGUAGAAGAGUACUCAGUAGGGAACCAAACCCCAUCCCCUAGUGUACUUAGUAGAAUAGUACUCAGUAGGGAACCAAACCCCAUCCCCUAGUGUACUUAGUAGAAGAGUACUCAGUAGGGAACCAAACCCCAGUCCCUAGUGUACUUAGUAGAAGAGUACUCAGUAGGGAACCAAACCCCAGUCCCUAGUGUACUUAGUAAAAGUACUCUACUCAGUAGGGAACCAAACCAGAGCUCCUAGUGUAAUCAGUUGGGAACUACUUCAGAGCCAUUGCAGUAGAGUGGUUGAAAUUCUUUCCUCCUCGAUGUAACCAACCAGAUAGACUGAGCUGAAACAAUCUUUGAGGACGUCCAGUUUGCUGCUCAGUCUUUGAGGACGUCCAGUUUGCUGCUCAGUCUUUGAGGACGUCCAGUUUGCUGCUCAGUCUUUGAGGACGUCCAGUUUGCUGCUCAGUCUUCGAGGACGUCCAGUUUGCUGCUCAGUCUUCGAGGACGUCCAGUUUGCUGCUCAGUCUUCGAGGACGUCCAGUUUGCUGCUCAGUUUUCGAGGACGUCCAGUUUGCUGCUCAGUCUUUGAGAACGUCCAGUUUGCUGCUCAGUCUUUGAGAACGUCCAGUUUGCUGCUCAGUCUUCGAGGACGUCCAGUUUUCUGCUCAGUCUUCGAGGACGUCCAGUUUGCUGCUCAGUCUUCGAGGAUGUCCAGUUUGCUGCUAACGUAUUUUGUAAUAUUGCAAUAACUGUUAUAACAUCCAUGAUGCAGUUUAUAACCUGACCUUUAAUUCUGAUGUUACAAAGAAAUACUUGGGGCUCCAGUAUUUACUCAUUAAUGAAUUACUAUGUGACAGUGGUUUCUAAACAAAGCUACAAAGAAAAUACUUCUAUACUAAAGAUCCUGCAUAGCUAUGCUUUGCAGGUUAGAUUGUAUCUAGCCCUAAACCUUCCACAGGUCUGUGUACCAGUCUGUUUCUGCUCUUGUGUCACUGGCUUGUUUAGUCAUGUAGCUAGCCAUGUUUGUCUCUGGUUUAGGCCAGGCAACAAUGUAGCCAUGUAGUGACAUAGACACAUAUCCAUGCAGCCAUGUAGCUGAGUAGCCACAUAGUCAUGUAGCCACAUAGAUUGUAACAAUGUAGCCAUGCAGUGGAACUGGAUACAGAAACCAGGCUAAUCUUCCAGGCUAAACCAGGCUAAACCAGGCUAAUCUUCCAAAGGAUGCUAACUAACCCAGUUUUAGCUCUAAAACCAACCACAAUACCAAUGAUCUUUUUCUGAAAUUCCAAAUACUGUACUACAUGGCAGUUAUGUACAUAUUGUUGUUUUGUUCCUUUUCCUCAUUUUAUCAUUUAACUGUAAGAUGUAAAUAUGGUUUUUUAUUGUUCCCGGAGGCUGUUGCCAUAGUGAUAACCAAAAUAUACCUGUGUUGUGCACCUGUCCCAGUCUCUUGCUCCAGUGGUUGUUUGUUCGUUCUCCCCAGUUCUCCUACAGAUGUUUUCUCCCCCUCCCCACUCUAUAGCCACUGAGGUAAAUAAAGUCUGGUUUGGUGUACAUAUUUUCCUCGUGCGUGCGUGUGUGUGCGCGUGUGUGGCCGAUGUGAAAUGGCUAGCUCG